AUGGCGAGCGGGAUGCUGUCAGGCGCGCAGCGGGCGCUGAUCCGGGAGAGCUGGCGGCGGGUGAGCGGCAGCCCGGUGCAGCACGGCCUCGUCCUCUUCUCCAGGUUGUUUGAUCUGGACCCUGACCUGUUGCCCCUUUUCCAGUACAACUGCAAGCAGUUUGCCAGCCCCCAGGAGUGCCUGUCCGCCCCCGAGUUCCUGGAUCACGUUAGGAAGGUGAUGCUGGUGAUUGAUGCGGCCGUGAGCCACCUGGAGAACUUGCCCUGCCUGGAAGAAUAUCUCUGCAACCUUGGCAAGAAGCAUCAGGCAAUCGGUGUGAAGGUUGAGUCUUUCUCGACCGUCGGCGAGUCCUUGCUGUACAUGCUGGAGAAAUGCCUCGGCGCUGCCUUCAGCCCGGAUGUGCGGGAGGCUUGGACCAAACUCUAUGGUGCUGUGGUGAAAGCCAUGCGGCGCGGCUGGGAGCCCCUCCCGGAGGGGGACUAG